AUGGCAUUCAGUGGUUCUGGGAGGCCUCCUCAAUCAAAAGACCAGGUUCACAAUGAACUUAUAAAAAUUUUAAAGAGUGGAAGUGAAGAACAAAAGAAGGCCAUUAAAGAAGAAGUGGAUUAUAUCUGCAAAUAUUUCCCCCAUUCAGAGGAUUACAAAAGUGGAGACAAAAACAAGAGCUCAUAUAAACUGUGUUGUGAAACUGUCGACUAUUGUUCGUUUUACCAUCAGAGCUGGUUCUUCAUGCUUUGCACCGUAGUCGCAUGUUUGAUUACCAUUACCGUUAUGAUCGCGACGGUCAUUUGUCUCAUCAGAAGAAGGAAUAAAGAUAUAGGAAUAGGAGGUUAUAAAGAAAGAGAGGAGCAGUAUGUGGUGGCUGCGCUAGAGGAGUUGGAGAAGGUGGAUGGUGGUGCGAAACCAAUGAAAACUGGAAAGACUUCUACCGGAGAGGAAGGAAAGAGAACAACUGGAGGACUGUUAUCAAGUGGAAAUUCAUAUUUGUGA